CCGACCGGGGCUUUCCUCCCUGACGUCAGAGGGCAGAGGCAGAAGCGGAGCGAGCUGCGGAGAUUACACGGAGCGCUCCCGGGGCGCAGGACGACCACAGGCCCGCUGUCACCGGACAGGAGAGCCCGGACAGGAGGACGACUAAUUCUUUUUUAUUAUUAUUAUUAUUCCUACCGAUCCAGGAGGAAAGGAGAGAGCCGCCGCAUCGACAACCAGCCCUGAGCAGGAAAGAAAACGUUCAGAGAGAGACAGAGGGAGAGAGAGCGGCGUUCAGAGGAAGACGAGCCGCGGAGAGGCAGUGAACGCAUCCGGAGAGGAUUAAACACAAACCGAGGAACUGUUCCAACACUUGAACUCGAACUCUGUGGAUUUUUUUUAAAUCUGUUUUUAAAGGAGAGUCGUUCACCGGAGCUGACAUCAAUCUGUCUGACCUCGACAUCUGUCCGUUAGGUCGUUUUUCUUCUUUGUGAAACAUUCUGAGCGUUGAGUUUAAAAAAAGAAACUUUAUGAGCUGACGGGGAUUUCUUUUCUUUCUUCACUCUGGAACUCGCCCGGUCUCUUUCAUUUUCAUUUCGUACCUCCCCGUUAUCUCACUUAGCACAUAAAAAGGAAGGAAAGGAGGUGACUCACUCAAGUUUCUCAAACAGGAACUUGAAUAACAUUUGCAUUUCAGUUUGGCUUUCACAAGAAGGACACAAGUCCUCCCUUGUGUGUGUGUGUGUGUGACAGUGUGUGUGUUUGUGUUGCUGAGUGCGAUACAUUAACGCCUGUCAGGGCACGAUAACCAGCUCUGUGUGUGUCCUCUGGGAAGAUGGGAUCAGAAAAGGACUCGGAGUCACCUCACUCCUCGGUGAGCGGCGUCCCCAACCCUAAGUGCCACCCGGCGGGCAAACGCCCGGGCCGCAUCUCCUUUCACAGCCUCUUCCACAGCAAACGGGGCUCUCGGGGCACCAGGGGCCCCAAAGCUGGAGCGGCCACCCCUUUGUCCCAUCAUCACCACACACAGCAACAGCUGCUCCCUUCUGCCUUGAGCUCAGCGCCCGCUGCAGCCUCUGCUACGCCCACGACGACCACCACCACAGCCGCCACGCCGCCACAGGACGCUGCCUCCAGCACCCCUUCAAAGCCACUCUCCUCCAGCCAGCCAUCCCUGGGUGGAGCCCCCUCCUCCGGGGAGGCCAACCUCCUGGAGUGCCCCCUGUGCCUGGUGCGCCAGCCCCCCGAACAGCUCCCCGAGCUGCUCGGGUGCAGCCACCGCUCUUGCCUCUGCUGCCUGCGGCAGUACCUCCGCAUUGAGAUCACAGAGAGCCGAGUCCAGCUCAGCUGCCCCGAGUGUGCCGAGAGACUGGCCCCGCAACAGGUGGCGGACAUCCUGGAUGACGCGGCCCUGCUGGAGAAGUAUGAGGAGUUCCUGCUGCGGAGGUGCCUCGCCUCCGAUCCAGACUGCCGAUGGUGCCCGGCCCCGGACUGCGGAUUUGCCGUCAUCGCCUCGGGCUGUGCCAGCUGUCCAAGGCUGGUGUGUCGCAGAGAAGGCUGCGGCGCCGAGUUCUGCUACCACUGCAAACAGGCCUGGCAUCCCAACCAGACCUGCGACUCGGCCCGUCAACAGAGGGCACAGUCCCUGCACACCCACAGCAACCACUCGCCCAGCUACACACAGGAGCAGGGGCCUGCCGAUGACAUCAAGCCCUGCCCUCGCUGCGGCGCUUACAUCAUCAAGAUGAACGACGGGAGCUGCAAUCACAUGACCUGCGCCGUCUGCGGCUGCGAGUUCUGCUGGCUCUGCAUGAAGGAGAUCUCCGACCUGCACUACCUCAGUCCUUCUGGCUGUACGUUUUGGGGGAAGAAGCCUUGGAGCAGGAAGAAGAAGAUCCUGUGGCAGUUGGGCACCCUGAUCGGAGCUCCGGUCGGCAUCACCCUCAUCGCAGGCAUCGCUGUUCCCGCCAUGGUCAUCGGCAUCCCCGUUUACAUCGGCCGCAAGAUCCACGCUCACUACGAGCUGAAGAAGUCGUCUCGUCACAGGAGGAACCUGGCCAUCACGGGAGGCGUCGCCCUGUCCAUCAUCACCGCCCCGGUCAUCGCGGCUGUCAGCGUCGGUAUCGGCGUGCCCAUCAUGUUGGCCUACGUGUACGGCGUGGUGCCCAUCUCUCUGUGCCGAGGAGGAGGCUGCGGUGUCAGCAGAGGGAAGGGACGAGGUGUACGGAUCGACUUUGAUGAGGACGAUGGUCCGAUCACAGUGGCAGACGCGUGGCGAGCCCUGAAGUCUCCGAGCCUCGGCGAGAGCAGUCUGGACGGGGCGGUCAGCGGCCUGAGCACCACCUCCCCCAGCGAGGGGCUCUCCGUGGCUCCUGGCACUCUGGGUGACACGCCACACUUUAACACGCUGGCAGGUGGCGCUCUGGGAACUCGCACGGGGAAGUACAGCAGGCUGGAGGUGCAGGCGGGGGAGCUGGCUAAAGAAUCAGCCCAGAGGGAGACAGGCAGCCUGGGAGCAGGGAGCGACUGUGCCAGCACCCGUGGCAUGGCCGGAUCCAUCAUCUCGUCCUACACACUACCUGACAGGGAGUGCACCAACCUGGAGAUCCAGGUGGACAUCGAGACCAAACCCAGCCAUCUCUGCCUGACCAGCGAAGAGGACCUAACCCCGCCGCCGGGCUCUGCUGCCAUGGCGACCGUCUCAGGAGGUGAGGAGCCUCAGGACUGCAGCUCCAGAAGAGGCGGGGCUUUGUCCGGCUCGGCGUUGGGACUGUCACCGGGAGCAUCAAUCAGGGAGGGGCUCCGAGACGUCACCCUGGCUCAGCCGGAGAGCAUCCGCAGUGACCUGGAGAUGUCGGACACUCAGUCAGACGACAUCGCGGAGCUGACGUCGGACGACUGUGACUCGCCUCACCCCAAAAGCUGUCACCUGGCGGCCGGCCAGCAGCCACAGCCCCCCUCAUGCCGAGCCCUGAACCCCGCCGAAGGCCUUCACUGUCCCGCAGACAGCAACGUCAUCCUCUACGUCUGAGAGAAGAGCAGCUCUCAGGAUUGCACAAAAACAAACUAACCAAUCCUCCCAACAGUUACGUCUGAGCUCCUUUACUUCACAGCUUUUCAUGUUUCUUUUGUCAUCUCUCGUUUGCUGCUUUUGCGACUCACAGACACCGUCUUAAACACAGACAGCGUUUGUUUACUUUUGUCUGUCUGUCUGUCUUAUCUAUCUACCUGUCAAUCUCCUCGCUGAGUAAAUUGUCAGGGUUCUACCUCUGAGAUUUAUAAGAUGAUGAUUUAUGUUUACUCCUUGGUGCAAAAUGCCUUGGCUACUUAAGCAAAAAAAAAAAGCAAAAAAAAAAAGCAAAAAACAAAAAAAGAGGUACAAAUUUUCCACAAAGAAAUAUUGCAAAAUUGAAAUUAUGAAAUACGGUGAAAAGUCACCAAGCACAGCGGCGGGAGAAGGAUCGUCGGGAAAACAGAUGUUUAUAACAAUGUGAGAGUGAAUGUGGACUUUGUACUCAACUAUUGUGGCUUUAUUUUCUCCUUUUAUUUUUCUUCUAUUUAUAUUCAGAUGACCUUGAAAAUGUUGAAACUUAUUUGCCGUGUGCAUGAGCCUGCAUGAGCCAUGCCUUUGUGUGUGUGAAAGGUUUAAAAAGGGGCGGUGAGGUUCUGUUACACUGGUGUUAAAAGUUAAAGUUUACUUUAGAGGACGAAGCUGCACUUGAAUCUCACUCACCCUGCACAGAGGAGGACGGACAGGAGGACGUAAAAUAUGACAUAAGUGACUUGAGUUCUGACAAUGACACUGCGGUGAAAUGCACUGAGAGAAGUCCACGACAGUGUUUACAGUCAAACUAUCAACCAGACAUUUAUCAUUUCAGAGAAACUUGUAUAUUUAUGUUUAAAUCAAUGUUAAAUUUAAAAAAGUCCUGCUGGUUAAACACAAACUGCUUAACCGUGCAGCAAAUAUUAAAACAGAAAUGCGACCUCCGAUGAGUGAAAACAAAAUAUACAAUAAAAAAAUGUAAAAUAAAAUGCAACAAAAUGGAUCUUUGCUGCAUCUAACGGUUAUUUUCAUCAUCGAUUAAUCGGCUAAUAACUUUCUUGAUUAAUCUUUUCUCAUUGGGAGUUUCAGCAAAAUUAUAUUUCACCUCAAACUUUCUAGAUCAGCAUUUCUCAAACUAUUUAUAAGGUCACACAGGAGGAAGGUUUAUUCCACAUAGGAAGAAUUGUUUAAUUAUUUAUUGUUGUUGAAUCCUGAAUGGAACCAGAUCAGGAAUCAGAUCCACAACCUUUCAUUUUACCUCCACUGUCGUGUUUCAGCUCGUAACUAAUCCAGGCAAAUGACAAAAAACAGCAAACUUUGCAGAAGUCGAAGUUGGAGUUUGAAUCUGAAACAUUUUUCCUGAACACACUCGACUUCCUCCUCCAACAGGCUGCCUGACCCGACACUGCUCACCGGUCAUUGUCAGAACUCACUGGGUGCUUCUGGUGUGUGUCACGGGACUGGAUCAGUGCUCGACACACACCUGACUGGUUCUGUUUACCGACGUGUUAACUGUCUGACCCACUUGAACGUUGUGCGUGUGUGUUUACGUGUGUGUGUGUGUGUGUGUGUGUGUGUAGACUCCUGAUGAAUGUAUUCGUUUGUCCCACUUUGUUUUUUGAAUGAGCACUUGUGCACUUUAUCUGAAUUUAUCGUAUUUUUUUUUGGUUUGUUUAUUUGUUUGCGAUUCAUCAUCUGUUGCUAUGAAUGAAAUGACUUCAUUUGCAUAUAAAAGUCUGUGGUACAACCAAAACAAACCACCUACCAGAAGGCCUUUUAUGUUGGAUGUAACUAAAGAAGUUGUUUGGCUCCAAAACGACAAACACAAGCCAAGAACGAGUGCAAACACAAGUUUAUCAUUCAGUAUUUUUAAGGGCAUCCAAGGUGUUUUUAUCAAUUUUGUGACCCGAGGACUGUAAUUAUCUUGUUUUUUUAUAUCUUCCUUUAUUACUUUAUGCUUUACUAAUUAUCUUUUUCACUUUUGGAGCCAAACACUUCAAAUCUCGAUGCCGAGAUAAGAAGCUCUUCUUAAUCAUCUUUACUAGCCGGAAUUCUUUCUCAGCUUUGUAUCACCUCUGUGCUUCAGUUUUAAAAAUGUUCUCCGACAGGAUUUCCUUUAAUCGUCAAGGAAUCGACUCGGGGAACCUCGACCUUCAUCUCAGAGUAGCUUUAUGGAUUUAGCUGCUUCUAUACCUUGGCAGUGCUUUGUUUGUUCUGCACUUAUCACUUGUUUCUGCCUGCCUGCCUGUGAGAAAACACACGAAUGUACCACGGACGGAGUGUGAGUGUUAAUGGAAAUGUCCCAUUAAGACCACAGGUGGUCCUGUCCUUAUUUGAAAAAAAAAGGUUUUAGAGUAUAUAGAUAGCAAUAUUUAAGUGUUAUUAUAUUGUUUGUGUAUUUCCUGUCACUGUUAAAGCUCUGCUCUGUGCGGGGUUGUACAUGCAGGACUGUGAAAGACAACUUGUGGACCUUUUUGGGGAAAAAUAAAUAAACACAACCUGAUGUUGCACCAAA